CCACAAUUCUUGUGAAAUUUUUUUUUCAACCACGGUGUGUAACAUAUUUAUCUGUUUAAUUAAAUAAAAUUCUGUGAAAGAAAAUUAUCUUAAGACAUAUUUUUUAAUAAUGGCUGUUGAGGAAACAAAUAUUUCAUCAAUUAUGAAAAUCGAUGAAGAAAAACAAAAAUUAUUGAUAGGAUAUAUGAUUAAAAAACUCAAUAAAAUAUUUCCCAUCGAUGAUAAUAACCGUUUAAUGGUCAUAUUUUUUCUCAUAUCUGGUCUCGAUCUAAUCAAUAGCCUGGAUGAAUUAAGUGAUGAACGAAAAUGUGAAAUAAUCGAUUCAAUUUAUGAACAUCAAUUACAUCCAAAAAAUGAUUCAGAUUUGAAUGCUGGAAAAUUUGGUUUUACUUGUCAUCGUUCGGCUGUUGGACGUAGCGAAUAUAAAUACGAUUAUUGUAAUAUUUCUUUAACUUAUUGUGCCUUAACUUCGUUGAUUAUACUUGGUGAUACACUUGAUCGUGUCAAUCGACAAGCCAUUAUUCGUGGUAUUCGUCUUCAUCAACAAAAAGAUGGAAGAUUUGUUCAAUCAUUGAUUGAAGAAGAAUCCGAUAUACGAGUAAUAUACUGUGCUGCAGCAAUCUGUUAUAUUCUUCAAGAUUGGUCAUCAAUCAAUCGUGAUACAAUGAUUGACCAUAUAAAAUCGUGCCAAAGUUAUGAAAAUGCAUUUGGACAAACGAUCGAUGCAGAAGCUCAUGCAGGUUCUACAUACUGUGCGAUCGCUUCUCUUAAAUUAAUGGACCAAUUAAAUGAAGUUUAUGAUCAACGAAAACGUCAAACGAUUGUAGAAUGGUGUUUAAAUCGGCAAGUGUCUGGAUUUCAGGGUCGACCACAAAAAGAUCCUGAUACAUGUUAUUCAUUUUGGGUCGGUGCUUCACUAACAAUGUUAAAUUCAUUUCAAUUCAUUGAUGAUCAAUUGCAUUCCGAAUUUUUAUCAACAACAUUUGAUAAUGAUACCGGUGGCUUUGGAAAAUUUCCUGAUACAUCACCAGAUGUUUUACAUACUUAUUUUGGUCUAGCUGCCUUAUCGCUUCGAGUUUUGAAUCAAAUUAGUACUGAAAUUUAUGUUCAAUCAAUCUAUCCAGCAUUGAAUAUUAGCCAACGAGCUUACAAACAUUUAUGUUCAAUCCAUACUAAAUGGAAUACUUUGUUAUCGAACGAAAAGCUUGAAAAUUUAUAA